AAAAAUUAAUUAUUUAUAACUUGACCUUUCGCCAUGUCCGUGGAAGCUUUCACUGUGUCUGUGCAAGCUGGCUCGAGGUCUGGGUUCAGAGAAAAACAAAGUAUAAUGGCGUCCAAUCGACCCCGUAGCGGCUCAGUGAACAGUGAGAGUGUCUCUGUAUUAACUGAAGCGUCGUCUCCCGUAUCAAUGAUUGAUAGAGAGGGGGAGCCAUUGCUCUCCAAGCGGAUAGCUGACAAGAAUCAAGCCACUGAGCGGAAGCUGGGUAUGAUCUUUGGGGUGACCAUUCCGUGCUGUCUCUCUAUCUUCUCUGUCAUCAUCUUCCUGAGGCUUGGCUUUGUCUUGGGACAGGCUGGCUUCUGGGAGACCAUGGCGAUGCUCAUCCUAGGCUACCUGGUGGUCAUGCUCACCGUGCUCUCCAUCUCUGCCAUAGCAACCAGUGCCACCGUCGAGGGUGGAGGAGUUUACUUAUUACUGGUGAUAUAUUCACCAGUCCCACGAUAUGAAUGAUGCCAUUGUUCGUCUUCACUGGCGUUGCUUCUGGAGUCACCAUCUCAGCAGGAUGACCUCCCUCACACGACUCUUGUCUCCCUAGUGGGAACAGAGCUGUCGGACGUCUUCUUGGGACCUGUGACCUUUCUUGCAGAGAGCGUCUUCGAAUGCUGUUUUCUCUGCUCAUAUUUCUUGUGACUAAAGCAACAGUUGCUGUAACUGAGCUGCUUGACGAAGAACUACUGUCUGAAGUUUGUGAAGACAUCGUGUGUGGUAGCUGCGAACAAACUGCUGUGCCCUCGGUGUCACUGUCAUCUUCGUCAAUGGAUUUAAAUCUCUUACGAUAUGGAGUGCAACUGUUAGACUCUGUGGACUGCUCCCUCGUUAAUGAAGGCACUAUGAUGGUGACGUCUUGUGUGGAUCCAUCUUCUGCUUCUUUGGAUGGCUCUGGCUCUAGCUCUAGCUCUAUCGAUGGUUGUGUUGAGGUCGUGUCCAUUAUUCCAGGAUGAUCGUUACUGCACACAAAAGGCUUCAAGGUGUGGUAUGGGAAUGAGACUCUGUUAAACUACACCAGCUGGAGUUGGAACACCUUCCUCAACAACCUAGGAUCCAACUAUCUAAUCGAGGCUUUGGAGUCUUGCAAUUGUUCUGUUAGCUCGUGAAGACAUGUGUUUGAAGGAAACCCACUUUGAUGUCAAGGUGCCCAGUCCAGGGAAGCUCAAGUUUUCUCUGCGAGUUGUCAAGUACGACAGACACGGAUACAAGGCCAGGACAAGAGCUGUCAUCAUCACUGAUACGACAGAAUAACUGCUUCUAUCUUGAUACCAGCAAUUUCAAAGUGAAGGAGCAGUUUCCCCUCAGUGACAUUUCCGCUAUCUCUGUUAGCAGCCUGAGUGAUGGAGUGGUGGUCAUCGGACUACCCACGGAGGGACCCAAUGCAAGAGGUGACCUCAUUAUCAAGACUGAGCAGGUGAUUGAGCUUGUCACUAAACUGGCUCUGUUCGGAGGGAAACUGGAUACUGUCAAAAUUGUCUCCACGGGAACAUCUCCCCCACACUGUCCUCACCUUCACCAAGCCGGUGACAUUUAGAGAACACAAUCUUCAUAGUGCGUAUAGAGGACUCGUGUUAAUUAAUUUGUUGUCAAUAAUUAAUUUUGUGUGUUUAGUUUUUCAUUUUUCAUAAUUUAAUAGUAUAGCUAUAGCUAGUCUAUAGCUAGUAUAUAUAAUUAUGAAAUAUUUUUUUAUAUCUACCCUUUGUAAAAUAAAAACUAAUGAUAAUUAGUCGAGGG